GCCUCCCGCCCCUUCCCCGAGUCCUCAGGCUCCCGCCUCCAACCAUUGGCGCCGCUGGCUUUAUCGUGUCCCCCAGAUUUGAGGCCCUGGGCUGCGGCGGGAAUAUGGAGGAGCUGCUGAAACAGGAGCUGGGCUGCAACUCCGUCAAGGCCACUGGUCACACGGGCGGCGGGUGCAUUAGCCAGGGCCAGAGUUACGACACGGACAAAGGGCGAGUGUUUGUGAAAAUGAACUCCAAGGCGGAGGCCAGAAGGAUGUUUGAAGGUGAGAUGGCAAGUUUAGCUGCCAUUCUGAAAACAGACACAGUGAAAGUGCCCAGACCCAUUAAGGUCCUUGAUGGCCCUGGAGGCAGCAGUAUGCUGGUGAUGGAGUACCUGGACAUGCGGUAUCUCAGCAGUCAUGCUACAAAGCUUGGGGAACAGCUUGCGGACCUGCACCUUCAGAACCAAAAGCUGGGAGACAUGCUCCAGAAGGAGGCCAGCACAGUGGGAAGAGGAAUUGGGCAGGCAGAACAGCCCUUCGUCGACCAGUUCGGGUUUGAUGUGGUGACCUGCUGUGGAUACCUCCCCCAGGUGAAUGACUGGCAGAAGGACUGGGUCGAGUUCUAUGCUCAACAACGCAUUCAACCCCAGAUGGACAUGGUGGAGCGGGGUUCUGGCGACCGGGAGGCCCUUCAGCUCUGGUCUGCUCUGCAGUUGAAGAUCCCCGGCCUGUUCCGUGAUCUGGAGAUUGUCCCUGCCUUACUGCACGGAGACCUCUGGGGAGGGAAUGUGGCUGAAGAUUCCACCGGGCCCAUCAUUUUCGACCCAGCUUCUUUCUAUGGCCACUCAGAAUAUGAACUGGCGAUAGCUGGCAUGUUUGGGGGCUUCAGCAGCUCCUUUUACUCUGCCUACCACAGCAAAAUCCCCAAGGCUCCGGGCUUCGAGAAGCGCCUACAGUUGUAUCAGCUCUUUCACUAUCUGAACCACUGGAACCAUUUUGGAUCUGGCUACAGAGGGUCCUCCCUGAACAUCAUGAGGAAUCUAGUCAAGUGAGCGGCUUUCUGUAGGGGAUGCCAUCUCUGAGCAGCUUCCCAAGGCCUCAAGUUCAGGGACACCAGUCUGGUCUGGUUAGGGACUUCUUGUUAUUCCAUCUCCAACUUCAUAAAUGCUUGCUGUUGUUGCUCAGGCUGUCCUCAAGCUUCGUGAAGAGUGGUAUCUCAGGAGAGGCUGUGUCAUCCUGAGGUUGUACACUGGUAGGCUUCCUGGCCAAGCGAGGCUGCGCUGAUGUGAACAGAGCAGCCCCUGAAGCCUGGGGCAUGGACCAGGAGUGGCUGCAGGGCAUGCUGUCCCAGGUGCCCAGCUCCUCUUCCCUGUUCCUGCCUCUGCUCUGGGGCAUCUCGGAAACCUGAAUCUCAACAUGGAACCAUCUUACUAAAAGCUGUUAGAAGUGACCAAUUCCCAGACCAAGCACAUUCCUUUUUUUUUUUUUUGUACCAGGAAUUGAACCUGGGACUUUGUGCUUGCCAGGCACAAGGUGUAGCUUGUGCCCCUGAGCUACAUGACCAGCCCUCCCUUUCCUUUGUGCCUGACUGCUGGACCUAGCGGCAGUCUGGGUGGAUCUAGAAGCAUCACAGGAGUGAUCUAGCUGCCAGCUCAGUGUGAACUGGAUAUAGUGAGGAAUCGCUCCUCUUACUCCAUCUCGUGUGUAGUUUUUUAAAGCUGGCCGAGUUGUCAUUUCUUGGCAACAUAUGAGUAUUGAGCUAAUAUCAAAUGUCACUGAUGCUAACAAAUCAUUUUGCCUCAAUAUUUGAAUAAACUUUCAGUGGUUUCAAUG